ACGAAACGCGAAGGAGAAGAAGAAAGGAGAAGAAAAAAAAAAAGGAAGAAAAAGAUUUAGCCGUCCGAUUCCAAUUCCGACUUGGGUAGCUCCUGAGAAUAAGCAUAAAGCUCAUCUGAUUUGAGUAAAUAAUGGGACAGGUGUACGUUGGAGGAGAUUUGGGUGAAGUUAUAAAAAUCCAGAAAGUAUCGGUAGGAGGAAAAAUUGGGGGCAGUAUGUCGAAUUCUCGAGGUGGUGGUGUACGUAGGGCUAUUCAAGGCCCAGAGUUUGAUCCUUCGUCUGAUGAGUCACAGUAUCCUGUGCCAGCGCAUGUACCAACAGAGGCACCUAGUCAGGAUUUCUUUCGGCAGUUUAUGGCCGCGAUGAUGCCUCAACAGAGGAGUUUCAUUGAUGCUGUGAUGCGGCAUAACCCACCAACAUAUUCUGGUUCAGUGGAGCCAGGAGUCCUUGAGUUUUGGGUUGAAAAGAUGGAAAAAAUAUUUCGUGUUGUUCAGGCCGAGCAAAUCGGUGGUGGUUAG